CUAAAGUUGGCCAUAAAGCAGAUAUGAAAGGAAUAUUAAUAAAUACAUUAUGUAAAUUAGAGGCCUUGUAUGGUGAAGUAUCUGGAGGUUUGAGUCCUUUUGGUCUAUCAAUAGCAAAGGAGGAUAAUAGUUAUUUAUUUGAAGAUAUUUACUGUGUUCUUAAAGAACUCGAAGUAUGUAUUAUUAAAUAA